AUGAACGCCUGUCGAGCCAUGCCAACCUGGGCCAAGCAGGGGCCAGUGAUGGAGUAUUCUGUUUAUGGAAUGGUUGAACACAUCGAAAGCACAGAGGGAUCUGUCACGAAGAGGCCAAGGAAACAUCCUCAUCAUUGCCAACACAAAUGGACACACAAAGUGUAUCAUCUAAGCGUAUAUUCCUUCAGUGACAGUCACAGUGAGCAGUUGCUUGGUAGUGACAACGGAACCAAACCCUGCAAUUGUGCGAAUAUUUCUCCCAGGAAACAACUGGACCAUACAAACUCCUCAGCAAGUGUAUGCCCUAAUGACUGGCUACAGAAAAAAGGGAAAUGCUAUAAAUUUUUCAUGAACUUCGAAUCAUGGAUCGACAGCCAAAAAUCAUGUUUGUUAAAAAAAUCACAUCUCUUGAUGAUCCAAGACAAGGCAGAACUGGAUUUCAUACAGAGUAACAUCCAGGAUGGAAUUUACUUUUGGAUUGGAUUAAAUGUUACAUAUCCACCAAAGGCAUGGACCUGGCUUGAUGGCACACCACUGGAUCUACAAUUAUUUCAAGUCACAGGCCAAGUUGACGAGCAGACCUGCGCUGUGAUCACAAAGAAGGGUGUUUUUUCUGAAAAGUGCUUCGUUCAAAGUUACUGGAUUUGUCAAGAAGUCAUUUCACCAACAGAGAUUAACCUCUAAACUAGUCUCAGCUCUUCUUCCCAACAACAACAACAACAACAGAAGUUUUGGCGG